CCGCCGCGCCCGGGCCGCUCCCGCCAUGCGGCUCUGGGUGCUCCUCAGCCUGCUGCUGCUGCAGGAAGCGCUGCCACACGUUAUUGGACAGCCUGCAAAGAGUAAGCGUCCCAAAGAACCUGGAGAAAACAAAAUUAAGCCUGUUAACAAGAGAGUAAAACCCAAGAAUCCCAAAAUGAAGGAGAGAGAGUCUGUGGAUUCCUCUUUGAAGUCCCAGUCCAUACUGACACAGGUGAUGGAUAAAGGUCAUUUUCAGAAACUAGCUGCCACCUUAAGCCUGGCUGCAGGACAGAGCAUAGAGCUGCGAUGUAAGGGGAGUAAUGUUACUUGGAACUAUCCUUCUUAUUUAGACACCUUUAAAGACUCCAGACUCAGCAUAAAGCAGCUUGACAGGUACAGUCAGCUGAUCCUUGCAAACUCCACUGCAGCAGAUACAGGUGAAUACAGCUGCUGGCUUCAGCUGUGCAAUGGUAACAAAUGCAGGAAGGAUGAGACUAAAACAGGGUCAACAUACAUCUUUUUCACAGACAAAGAGGAGCUUUUUGUACCUACUCCCAGUUAUUUUGAGAUUGUGUACCUGAACCCAGAUAAACCUGCAGUCAUCCCAUGCCGUGUUACUACUCCUUCAGCAAAAGUGACUCUUCACAGGGAAUUUCCAGCAGAAGAAAUUGAAACAGAUGGAACUGAUAUUUUUUAUGAUGCAAAGAAGGGUUUUGUCUUCCAGCACCCUACUUCUGAUCAUAAAGGUAUUGUCUACUGCAAAGCAGAGUCACAGGGAGCACCUCAGAUUUCCAUCAAAUAUCACCUACUAUAUGUGGAAGUCCCCAAGGGCCCACCCUCAACCACAAUUGCGGUGUCAUCCAGUAGAGCUGGACUCGGUGACAGAGUUCAUGUUGUCUGCACAGUCCUUGGGGAGCCAGAUGUGGAUGUGAACUUCAGGUGGCAGUAUCCAGGGCAAGAGCUGGUAAUGCCUGCCACUUCCUAGGCAUUCCCUGACUGUACUGUGACUCAUCCCUAAGUUUCAGGAAGACUGAGAGCUGCCUUUGUACUGGUCAUUUUGCAAGUGUGAGAUUGUAGCUUUGACUCUGCAUUAAGUGUCUAACUUAGCCUAUUGCUACAUCUAGCUUAAGCCUUGUAGUAUUCAUAUUGGUAAGUGGUUAAUCCAUCUAUGUCAUGAGGCAAGAGAAGAUGGUUCCACACAGAAACCUCUCUCUUGCAUUUUUAUCCCAGUUAUUGGUAUAGCCGAAGCCAGUGUGCUGACUAACAGCUGCUGGACUUUGGAAGAAAAGAGACUGCCUUAGUCUAUCGUUGGGCCAAUUUCUCUUACACAGUAUUUUGUGACCUCCUGAGGUGCCAGGCAGUGUGACCUCAUAACCAGUCCAUUAGAGAACUCCCUUAUAGAAUUUUUUUUAAAAGUGCCUUUUACUUAAUAACAAAAAAAACCCAAACCAAAAAAACCCAAACAAAAAACCAAAACAACAACAACAACAAACCCACAAAAAAGCAUUUUUUGAUGUAAACAUGAGGGGUUUGUAUUUUUGGCAUUGAAGUUACAUAUAUGUUUUGGAAAGGAGAAUGUGACAGGUAACUCAGGAAUAGUUGAGAAUUGUUACUGUUUGUUUCUACAUUAUCUGAUGUAGUGUUUUCUAAAACUAGAGGAGGAAUAAGUUUUCAACGUGUGACAUACAGCUAUUCACUGUGCUAAAAGAGAAUGAAAGCUCAGUCAGCUACCUCAUGGCACUGCUGCCUUCUUUUUGCGACAUGCUUGAAGGCUGAAAAUGAGCUCACUCAUCUAUCUUGACACCUCCCCCAGGACACCUCACCUAUUUGAUCAGGUACCCAAAUGCAACUUUAGAAAGUGGCCUAAAACUGAGCUCAUGCACAGGCUCCAGGCAGAGCUUUGCCAAGCCCAGUGCUUGGAGUGGAAGAGCCACUGUAUUAUCCUUAUUUGGCAUAGCUUAUUGGUACAUCCAUAUUUAAUGCAGGAAUGUUGCUGCCACUGCCAGACACCUUCAGUUCCCUCACUUAGGGCUGGCUUUUGAUACAGGCUCAUACUCUCCAGCCUCUUGCUUUAACGUGUCACUAAAUACCCUUUGUGGAAUCACCUAUUUUAUG